AUGAUAGGUCGCUCAGUGGGCGGACGGUGUGGAAGACGUCACAGGCCGCGCCCCUUCCCUCAGAGCGCGAGGGCGGAGCUCCACCCCGGCGCGUUCUGUCCAAUCAGCGGCGAGCGAGAAGAAGUGGCGUGCCAGUGGGGCGGCUGCGACGGCGGCCGGAAAAGGACAAACUUAGCCAGCCGGGGGGCCUUCGCGUUUCCCAGCCUUGCUAUGGCCUCGGCGGUGCUGGGCUGUAGGCGCUGCCUGGGCAGGGGAGCCGCCGCUGCCGCCCGCUGGGGAACGAGGAGGGCGGGCAGCCAGGAGCCGGGCGAGCCGCCCAGCCACGAUGCCAAGCCCAGGAAAACAACUCCAGUUCCAAAGAUCUACACGAAAACAGGAGACAAAGGAUUUUCCAGCACAUUCACUGGGGAAAGGAGAUCUAAGGACGACCAGAUUUUUGACGCCUUGGGGACGCUGGAUGAACUGAGUUCAGCCAUAGGGCUAAGCGCUGAAUUUGGCAGAGAAUGCGGCCACUCGUUUGUGGAAGAACUUCACAAGGUCCAGUGCGUGUUGCAAGAUGCCGGCUCGAACGUGGCCACUCCCAUUUCCUCGGCACGGGAGGCUCAUUUAAAGCGAACAUCGUUCAGCGAAAACCCCAUUCUGGAGCUGGAAACCUGGAUUGAUCGAUACUCGGACCAGCUUCCGCCACUCACAGCUUUCAUUUUGCCCUCCGGCGGCAAAAGCAGCGCUGUGCUCCAUCUCUCCAGGGCCGUCUGCCGCAGAGCCGAGAGGUGUGUUGUUCCUUUGGUGAAAACAGGAGAAGCGAAUGCAAACGUGGCCAAGUAUUUGAACAGACUAAGCGAUUACCUGUUCGUUUUGGCCCGCUACGCCGCGAAGGAGGAAGGGAAGGAGGAGAAAAUCUACAUAAAAACGGAGCCGUAAGACGAAGGCCUAGGAUGCAAGAUGUGGAAUAUGUUGAUGUGGUGCCAGAGCAGGCUGGAGAAGACUUCAUCGAAAAUGCAGACCUUCUGAGCAAGUGGGAUGCUCUCCUGUAAAAAUAUCCCCAUGGUUGUGGAUCCGAGCCGUCAGCCGCUUCUCACGUGAAGCGAGUUCAGAGCAAUUGUGUCUCAGGGCGCUGAUGGUUCGAGAGCCCAGUCCAAUGGGGAAGAGAGAGAGAACUGCGAUAUCAUCAUUUUUGUCAUGCUGCAGAGGCCCUGGUUAGCCAGACCCUCCCUCCUUGCGUUCCGUUGCUGCCGGCAUGCGAGUGCGACCAGAGCUUUGUGCGAGGGUCUCUCCCCUACGCUUCCCUGCCCAGCCAGUUUUCCUUCCAGAGGUUAUCUUUGAAUCCAUCAAACUUUUGGCUGAGGCUAGAACAGGCUUGUGACUCCAGCAGCGCAGAUUCUCUCAUGGCAACCGAUGUGUUAAGAGAUCUUGCCGUGGAGAGACGCGAGUUAUCGGCAAGCAGACCAAAGUGAAUCUAGCUGUUCCCUCUCUCUAUUUCAGUAAUUCUCCUAUUUUCAUUUCCUCCACGACAGCUGCACUCAGCAUUAUAUGAAGGACUCUUCUGAACUCCUAAAAUGCUGAGAGAGGCCUGUUCUCCUGAGCAGCUUCAAUUCCUGAGCGUCCCCGUCCCCCCACCAACUGCUCUGGACCUCUUCACAGGAAGUCACUUUAAGAAAGAAAGAAACACCGACGAUAUUCAGCCAAUUCGUCAAGU